GCAGCCAGACGGAAAUCUGCAUCCCGCCCUCAUCUGCCCCACAAAAAAAAACCUCCCUCGCCAAUCAAAAGCUGCUAAACCGCAGUCUUCCGGGUCGUUGAAGAGCGUCGCGCCGGCUCCCCCGCGCGCUAGUCGCAGCCGAGGAGCGAUGGUGCUCGGAGCGUCCGGAGACGUCGGUUGUUUCGGAGGAAUCUCGGAGGAACCUCGGAUGAGAUGCCGGGGAAUAUGAGCAAAGAGGACGCCCCGGGUCGGAACGCUUCUUUGACGUUCACCAUCGACAACAUCCUCAACCUGAAGGAGCGGGACAGCGGGGGGGAGUUUGGCGGCUCGAGGGGGCAGAGGGACAGUGGAUGUAGGAAUGACUUUCAGGCGCGAUGUGAGGAGGUGUGGGACGUCCGGAGGAGACGUGACAGCGGGUCAGAGGAGACAGCGACGCCCAGAAUCCACCGCGCGGACCGCGGGGAAAACACAGCGCCGCUGACCGCUGGCUCCUGUCCCGGGGCGCAAAGUGCGCACAGCGCCGAGGACGCAUCCGAGCAGCAGCAGCAACAGCAACAGAACACCGCCGACACCAAAGCCAUGGUGAAGAAGAAGACGCGCACCAUCUUCUCCAAGAGACAGAUAUUUCAGCUGGAGGCGACUUUCGACAUGAAGCGCUAUCUGAGCAGCUCGGAGAGAGCGUGCCUCGCCAGCUCCCUGCAGCUCACCGAGACCCAGGUGAAAAUCUGGUUCCAGAACCGGCGCAACAAGCUCAAGAGACAGUUGUCCACGGACAUGGAGGGCCCGCUGGCCGCCGAGCACCUCUCAGAUGCGGGGAAAAAUGUGCAAUUACCGACUUUUUACAAAGACAGCAGCCUGCUGGGCGGAUGUUUGUUACCCAUGCCUUUCCCCGUCAUGUACCCGACUGCGAACGCUGCGCCUUACAUCUAUUUCUCCAACACUGGCAAAUACUUUGGCCUGUUUGAUGCGGACUGAUGACUCCGUGUGUGUGUGUGUGUGUGUGUGGGAUGGUUGAGUGUGUGGACACUCCGACAUACAGCUACCCCACCGGUUUGGCUUUAGAUAAGCCUGUCACUUAUUUUAUUUUAUUUGAUUAUUUUUUGAGUUUAUAAAAUCUCCAAACUUUGAUGUCAACAUAUCAACUAAUUCAAGACAUGCAUGUGCCACUUUUUAUCCUUCCCCAAAUGGUUUUAUAUUAUUAUUAUUAUUAUAUUUUCAAAGCGUAGGAUAUUUUGAAUAGAAAAUUUAUCGUGCAUGCAUUAAAGUUCCUCGGAGCAGUUUUCCUUUGCGCAGUAAUGCCAUCUGACUGAAUGUACGUUCAUCUUGUCCUUCAGAGUGAUGCUGCAUCUACUUUGUUACCCCGCAAUAAUACUUUCUGUCGUUUUUUUUUUCCUUCAUUUCCUGUGUUGAGAUUUCAAAGAGUUUCUGUGGAGCAACACUUCAUUUGUAUUUAUAUGGCCUUAUUAUUGUCGUCCUUAAACACUUUUCUCGUUUGUUUUCACGCGAUCUUUCUUAUGACAGACUGUUGAACUGUGAAUACAGUUAUU